CUGGUUGGCUGCGGCUGUCGCGGCCGGUGCCGGUUGGCCGGUCGGUGGGAGGUGUGCGGUGCGGGUGGGCUGCGCUGGCCGGAGCAAGAUGGCGGCGCUGAGCGCUGUGAGGAGCAGCGGCCGAGCUGCGCGGCGCCUGGUUUGCAGUCACCGGGUUAGAUCGUGCAGCAGCAUUCGCUUUAUAAAAUCAAAAUAUGUGUGCGUGUUUGACAAAUCUGCCCUCAAGUUUAGUCAUCAGCAGCGAUUAUUCAGAACAUCUGCUGUUUCACGUGGCCAAAUUGUCCAGUUUAAGCUUUCUGACAUUGGAGAAGGGAUUACGGAGGUGACUGUAAAGGAAUGGUACAUAAAGGAAGGUGAUAGUGUGUCUCAGUUCGAUAGCAUCUGUGAAGUACAAAGCGAUAAAGCUUCUGUUACUAUUACUAGUCGUUAUGAUGGCAUCAUUAGAAAACUCCAUUAUAGUUUAGAUGAAAUUGCUUAUGUUGGAAAACCACUAGUGGACAUUGAAAUCGAUGCUUCAAAAGGUGUUGCCACAGCAGAAGAUGUUGUUGAAGCACCUCCUAUGUCUCACGAAGAACACACACACCAAGAGAUAAAAGGUCACAAAACAUUAGCAACCCCUGCAGUUCGUCGUCUGGCCAUGGAGAACAAUAUUAAAUUGAGUGAAAUUGUUGGAACAGGGAAAGAUAACAGAAUCCUUAAAGAAGAUAUACUCAAUUACUUGGCCAAACAAACAGGAGCUAUUUUACCUCCAUCACCAAAGGCUGAAAUUAUCCCACCUUUGCCAAAAUCAGAGACUGUGCCAGCUCUUCCAAAGGACAAAGCACGCAAAAUUCCUGUGCCUGUUUCCAGACCCAUUGUGUUUUCAGGAAAAGAUAAAACUGAACCUAUAACAGGUUUUCACAAGGCAAUGGUAAAGACUAUGAAUGCAGCCCUGAAGAUCCCCCACUUUUGUUACUGUGAUGAGAUUGAUUUGACUCAGCUUGUGCAGCUGCGAGAAGAGCUGAAACCUCUAGCCCAAAUUCGUGGAGUUAAGAUUUCCUUUAUGCCUUUCUUCAUAAAGGCAGCCUCUCUGGGAUUAUUGCAGUAUCCCAUUCUUAAUGCUUCUUUGGAUGAAAACUGUCAAAAUGUCACAUAUAAGGCUUCACACAACAUUGGAGUUGCUAUGGAUACAGAGCAAGGUUUGAUUGUCCCAAAUGUGAAAAAUGUGCAAGUCUGCAGCGUGUUUGAGAUUGCUUCUGAAUUGAAUCGCCUACAGUCUCUGGGCUCUGCAGGCCAGCUGGGAACCACUGACCUCACGGGAGGAACAUUCACCCUUUCCAACGUUGGCACAAUUGGUGGCACUUACACCAAACCUGUGAUACUACCUCCUGAGGUAGCUAUUGGAGCACUCGGAAAGAUACAGAUUCUUCCUCGGUUUAAUGGAAAAGGUGAAGUAUUUAAAGCACAGAUAAUGAACGUGAGUUGGUCGGCUGAUCACCGCAUCAUUGAUGGAGCUACAAUGGCCCGCUUUUCGAACUUGUGGAAAUCUUACUUGGAGAACCCUGCUUCCAUGCUGCUAGACCUUAAAUAAAGGAAACCUGGGCUGGAAUAUGCCUUCCAACUUUGUCAGUUAGACUGAAUAAUGACAAAAUCUGGCACUGCUAGCACGUGGCCUUUGCGACGCACAUUAGUAUAUCAUAUUGUCUGGUUAAAAGUUCUCAACAGCUGGUAUCAGCCUAUCAGUCAUCACUUCUUUUAAUUAGUAGUGCUGUAAUUUCUUUUACAGGAGACUGCAAAACUUAAUAGAUCAUGGGGUGACUUCUGAUUAUGGUGAAUGAAUGUCUUUAUUUCGCCUUUUCUAAUAUGUAUGUUUGUGAGGCUGGUGUGACCGAAUGACACUGAUCUACAUCUGCAGUAUUUAUAAUCUGAUUAACCUCUUUUGAAGGGAAAUGCUCAUCAUUCUGCCUUGUUGGACACAUACAUUUAUUUUAAUAAUUAUUAUCCAAAUUUACAAAAGUUAUGCAAAAAUAAUAUACAAAUAAAAUGCCUUUUAUGCUUCUGCUGUAAGAUGUCCAGAGAGCUUUUUGUUGUUUAACUGAAUAAACCUCUUGAGUCUUUUGCUAGUCCACUUUUUCCUGGCAAUUACUUGCACAGGUACUCUUUAUCAAAUUAUAAAUUAAGAGGCCAUAUUUAUUGAAGUGCUUGCUGGUAACAUGUAUUGAUAACUGUCAGGACCUUAAUGCUCUAGAAUAUCCUGUAUUUUUAUAAGCUGGAAGUAGCUGCAGGCCUUAAGUACCUUCCUGUUAUUUUUGUUUUGUAUAGAAAGCAUCUGUCUGUUACAAAAGAAAGAAAGACAAGAAAAAACCGAGAAUCUCAUUUUGGUUUUCUGUCCUUGGGAAAGCCUGACAGGAAGCAGAACACGUUCUGAAAGCUUGCAUUGUACAUUGGUGUUCAGGUAACUAGAGUUUGACAGGUUAAUCAGAUACAAUGAAGAAUUAACAUUAAAAAUAUCACUGUAUCAGAUAAGGACUUUUUAAACUCUGAUGUGAGGCACAUGAUGAACAGGUUCAAGUUAGUGCCUCCAAACAGGCAACAGUCAUGUGGCUUUGAGGUAAACUGAACAGAUGGUGAGGUUUGCACUGGUGAUUUAAGAGGAGAGAUGAAGAAAACUGAUGGGUAUAAAUUCCUGCUAGAAAUUGAAGUUGAAAACAGACACAAGAGAAGACAGCUACAUGGCCUUAAAAAUGAAUUCGUGAAGCACAAAAUGGACAUUUUUCUCCUUUCUUUAGAUACAUCAAAAAUUGCCCCUACAGGAGCAUUCUCCAAAACUGUAGACCAAAUUUGUUGAUUGCAUUAGCUGUGAAGAUGCAAGACACAAGCUACCAGAGGUAGAAUCUCUGCUAUCCUUGAUGCUGAGACUGAGCAAGAGGAAAACUGGUAAUCUAGGGGAGGGAGCAUGGGAGCAUACAUGUAAGGUGCUAUUUAUAUUUCUAUUGUGGUAUAAAAGUAUUUUAUAUCUAGGUCAUAUCUUGCGAAGUUUGACUAAUAUAUUGUGCUUAUCGCCUGUUUGAUUUUUAUGAGAUUUAUUUAUUCCUAAUAAAAAAUUAAAGCCACAAA